AUUGAAGUACGACAAUAGUAUGAACCUAGACCAUUGCGUUGUAUCACGAACUUGACGUUUCAAUAUACGUUAGAACUGAUAGACAUUUAGGAAUUUAGAUCUCGUGUUUGUAAAUUAAUUCAGCGAUGGCUGAGAAGUGUGGAUCAGAGAAAGCAUCAAGCUCUUCACCGAACCUGAUAUGUCCAUUAUGUCUUGAUAUAUUUGUCGAGGCAAUAAUCCUGACUUCAUGUGGACACACAUUUUGUAGGCAAUGUCUCAAGAAAUAUGAUCUAACCCACCAGGACCUUGAUCACAUGGUCUGUCCUCUCUGCAGGGAGAUCACCAAGUUGUCCGCCAACCGUGUCGAUGAUCUCCGCCUCAAUGUCUCCAUCAACGGAUGCGUAGACGAUUACCACGCCAAGUGUGGAGGGAUGAACGCUGUCCUCGAGAUGCGACAAAAAUGUUCUGGUUGCAAGCUUCAAGGAGAUGCUGUCUCAUUCUGCAGAACCUGUAAUAACUACAUAUGUGAUAAAUGUUUGCAAUGUCAUCAAUAUCUGUCAGUCUUUGAAGAUCAUGAGGUUGUCUCCAUGGAUGAUGUCAUCGAAGGGAAGGUCAGCAUUGGUCAUUUAUUCGAGAAGUGUUCCAUCCACAAACAAGAGAACACAGAUAUGUUUUGUGAGGAUUGUAAGGUCCACGUCUGUCACAAGUGCGUACUCGUUGAUCAUCAAAAUCACAAGAUCAAGAACCAGGUUAACUUUGAGCAGGAGUUGCGACGGAAGGUGACAGGACUUGCCCAACGCUGCGCUGACAAGAAAGCAGAGCUAGAGAAGAACAUUCAGAACAUAGAAAUACAACGUCAUGAGGUACACACUGCAGUGCAAACACUACUAGAUGAUGUCAGACAAGCCUACAGCAUCAAGGCCAAGGAGCUGGAAGAAAAUCUUCGAAAUCUCACCGACCAAAUAAAUGCCUUAGAACGUAGUUUUGAUGACGACCUUGACGUCUUGAAGUCAAAAGAUCGACAGAGGAUCAAGAGUAUUUGUAGUUCAAUUACUUUGGUAGAUAAUGACAGACUGGGUCAUCUUGAGACAGACACUCUAUCUGCUCAUAUCUUGCUCUGUGAGGAGCUGGAUACCAUGCUGAAGGAGGUUACUGAUCACACUUCUGUGGAAGCUAUUAAGAAGAAAGCACAGGAGAAGAGGUUCAAACCAGCAGACAAUGCCCGUCUUGACCUCGGGAGUAUCUCAGAAUAUACUGAUCAUCCAUCUACGGCAGCCAUAAAGAAGAAAGCACAAGAGAAGAGGUUCAAACCAGCAGACGAUACUCGUCUUGACCUCGGGAGCAUCUUAGGAUCAGAUCCCAAGAUGGAAGUCAUUCAGUGUGUUGAUCUACGGGGAGUGAUGCUCGGUAUGGCACAGCACUCCAAUAGCACUGUCGCUAUCGGGUAUGGGGGGAGUGCACAAGGUAUUGAUAUCAUUGAUUCAAAUGGUGGGAAGCAGCAGUAUAGAAACACACCCUUCAGUGACAUGAGAUGUUAUGAUCUGGUGUUGCAACGGGACGGGACAUUAUGCGUGUCCCCAUGUGAUGCAUCAGAAGCCUACAUCUACUCUCCCCUUGGCUCCAGGAAAGCAACAAUCCAUGUGAGAAACAAUACUAAUUAUUAUCUCAAAGUUAACAAAAGUCCAUCAGAUGAAAUCAUCAUUACUAACUAUGGAAAACAAGUCUAUAUCUAUGACCCGACAGGAUCCACUCUUAAACACACUGUUCGAACAAAGCACAUUACGUGGCAGGCAUCUACCACCAGGACGGGUUUGAUCGUCACGAGUUCAUGUUGAGAGGAUCCAAGCGUGUUGACGGUCUAUGACAGGGAUGGGAAUGCUGGUGAGCCUCUACAAGCUCCAGAUGAUGUCUACCUGUAUGCUGCCGUGGAUGAGCAGGACAGGGUGUAUAUAGCGAGUGUUGAUUGGAAGAAUGGGAAGGUGGUGAUCAGGCUCUAUGAUCUUGAUGGUCUGAACCUGAAGGAAAGAGUUGAAUUCAAUGCACUUGAUAUGACAUUGAAAUAUGGGUGGUGUUACUUGGUUUCCCUCUCCCCAGACAUGCUCGCCUUCGCUUGUGCUUAUAAGUUAUAUUUCAUCAAGGUAUCACUGUAAUCCAGAUUGUCUUACACCAUAUAGCAUCACAGUCCAAUAUUGUGUAACAUGUAUUCACCCAGCUACCCCGUUUUACCUCCAUGGUUCCAUAUUCUAUUGUUUAUUCUAAUUUCAUGAUAUCUUAUUCCAAUGGUAGGAUCCAUCAUGUGACAUUCGUAGGAAUACACAGACUAUUCACGCUUGCUAUAGAACUAUCAGUAAAAUUCCUUUAAAAUUGGGUUCUCCUGGCUGAAAAUAGUAAAAUCAGAAUAUAUAUUAUGAUAUGCUCCAUAGUAUAAAAUGGCAAAACGCUGAAAAUUUCAUCAAAAUCUGAUAAAACAACUAAUCAAUAUGUUAGUUUAUCGAUGUUCUGUGAAAACAGCUCUAUGCAUGCAAUGACCAGUGAUAGGUGGGCUGAUGAUGUGUGGUCCCAACUUUCCCUUUUCUUAUUUCAUUAAAGGACAUCACAAUGUUUGUGUGUAAAAUAUGUUUCAACAAUGAUGAUAUUACCGUCAAAGCAGUAACCAAUCUUAUAACAGUGUCACCAAAGUAUUAAACGCAAUGCUGAUAAAAUUUUCAGUUUUCAGUUUUUUGUUUGUCACUCUCAGCCUGAGUACCCCUUCAUUACUGUAUUGAUCUAUAUUAUGUAAAUAAUUUUGGGUGUAUAUAUACUGUAUAUAAAACAUGUUGGUGAGGAUUUUUAUACUGGACUGUGGAGAAAGUGCGAUUGGUUGGUUGUUAGUAAUCAACCAGUGAACAGACGGCUUAAGGUCCUCUUCGAGGGACCUGAUAAUAAUAUCGUAUAAAAGGGCACUAGCGCUCUGACUUGUCAUCUAACCCACUCCACCGGAUUGAGAGACCAACAUAGGCCAACGAUUUCAUGUAUGUGUGUUUAUAAGCAACCAUAUCCUUGAGGCAUAGCCAUGUAUCUGAUUCAAAUUUGUUUUGUUCAUAUUCUCGUAGUUAUCGUGUACAGUAAUGUACAGUAUAUAUGGACAUCAACAUAUUUCCUUAAAGCGUCGGAUAUAUUUGUUAUCAUGUUUAUUUCAUCAUGUAAUGACUUCAUAAUUUAAUAGGUUGUUAGGCGCAACGAACUUUUCUAUUGAAUUUGAUCAUUAUAAUGCAUAUGAUGAUGACCCCUGAAGAAUACAAUGUGAACGUGUAAUCACUUUGUAAAUAAGCUCCAAUAUAACAUACAGUGUAAAACGCUGUUUAAAAUCUUAAGCACGUUAUUUAAUCCCAUCACUGUAACAUCUAUUGUUUAAACUUUUUAAAGAAAUUGUUUAAAAAGUUUAAACAAUUAAAAAAAAAAGUUUAAACAACUUGUUGUUAGAGUGACCGAGUUAAACAGUGUACUUUUUUACUGCUAAGUGACUGUGUAAAAUUUGUACAUUUUGAUUAUGUUCACUCUCUGUUGUUUCAUGUUGUGGUUGGGUUGUUAAGUGGUUUUACUUGACUCGAACAUCAGAGAGUAGUUAGAGAUUUCUUACAGGUAGGAAGGGUAUUUUAUUACUCAGCAUGAGUGCGCCCUCUAACUGAAUAGACAUUAUAGGUUAUCAGUUGAACAAAUCACAUAAACGGGAUUCUGUUUCAUGUGUCACGUGGGCUGUUAUUCUGAUAGCGAUGGUCAGGCAAAAUGAAAUUUAAUGAUUUAAUCGAUACAUUGUAUACAUAUAUAUAUUCCAUAUUCUAAUAGUUAUCGUGGAAUGUACAUAUCCAUUACCAUAUUUUUUAAAAUGUUAUUUAUCAGUUAAUGACUAUUCAAGCGAUGAGUCAUAAAUGUUUGGCUCAACUAAUUUUUCUAUUAGUUUUGGAAUUUGAUCAUAAGCCUAUAUGAGAUAUGAUAAGCUGUAUAUAUGUGCCGUAAUUGUUGGCAUAGCGAAAUUUUCUAUUAGUUUCUGAAUUUGAUCAUAAGCCUAUAUGAGAUAUGAUCAGCUGUAUAUAUAUGAGCAAUUGUUGGCAUAGCGAACUUUUCUAUUAGUUUCUGAAUAUGAUCAUAAGCUUAUAUGAGAUAUGAUAAGCUAUAAAUCUAUGUAGAGUAUAUUCUGUUGUCUCCUAUGAGGAAGAUCAAAAUAUAAAAUCACUUUGCUUAACAU